AUGUCAAAACGUGGUUUAUCUAUGGAGGAGAAGAAGACGAAGAUGCUGGAGCUCUUCCACGAAACAGCAUCAUUCUACUCAUUGAAAGAGUUGGAAAAGAUAGCUCCAAUCGUGCAAAGUGUUAAAGAAGUCCUCGACGAUAUCGUCAGCGAUGGCUUUGUUCAAAUGGAUAAAAUCGGUACUGGUAAUUACUUUUGGUCACUUCCAAGUGCAGCAGGCGCCACCAAACAAGCUCUUCUCAGUAAGAGCUCUAAAGAGCUCGAGGGUAUUGAAUCGAAGAUCCAAGAAGCAGAACAGAAUAUUCAAGAAGCUGAAAAGGGUAGAGAAGAUACCGCGGAAAGACGUAAACUCAUUUCGACACUCUCAUCUCUGAAUGAAACGUCCGCAUCAUUGAAGAACGAGUUAGCCGCUUUCGGAGCUGCCGAUCCUGUCAAAUACGAGAAGAAAUCUCAAGCGAUCAAAGUUUGCAAAGAUGCUGCUGUUCAGUGGACCGAUAAUACUGUUACUUUACUUGGAUACGUUAGUGGGUUGGGCACAGAUUCAGAGCAAAUCAAAGCUCAAUUGGGAAUCACCGAUGAAUGGGAAGAUCUUAAGACUUGA